AUGCGGAGCCUGGGGGAGCUGCAGGCACUGGCCCUGGAGGUACUGGAGGUGGAGGCACUGGAGCUGGGGGCACUUGCGCUGGAGGCGCUGGAGCUGGAGGUGCUGGAGCUGCAGACGCUGGAGCUGCAGACGCUGGAGCUGGAGGCGCUAGAGCUGGAGGCCCUCGAGCUGGAGGCCCUCGAGCUGGAGGCACUGACGCUGGAGGUACUGGAGCUGGAGGUACUGGUGAUACUGGGGUUGCUAGUCCUGGCAGCACUGGUGCUGGAGGCACUGUGGAGCCUCUCUCCCCACAGCAGCUGCGCGAGUGGUACGCUCGGCGCACCCGCCUUCGGAGUCGCGCGCCUGCAGCUGGCGGCGCUGGAGCUGGAGGCACUGGGGCUGGAGGCGCUGGAGCUGGAGGCACUGGCGCUGGAGGCACUGGAGCUGGAGGCGCUGGCGCUGGAGGCACUGGAGCUGGAGGCACUGGAGCUGGAGACGCUGGAGCUGGAGGCGCUGGCGCUGGAGGCGCUGGAGCUGGAGGCGCUAGCGCUGGAGGUGCUGCUGCUGGAGGCACUGGAGCUGGAGACGCUGGAGCUGGAGGCGCUGGAGCUGGAGGUGCUGGCGCUGGAGGCACUGGGACUAGAGACGCUGGCGCUGGAGGCGCUGGAGCUGGUGGCGCUGGAGCUGGAGCUGGUGGCGCUGGAGACCCCGGAGCUGGAGGUACUGGUGUCGGAGCCGCUGGAGCUGGUGGCGCUGGAGCUGGUGGCGCUGGAGCUGGAGGUGGUUGCGCUGGAGGCACUGGAGCUGGAGGCGCUGGAGCUGGUGGCGCUGGAGCUGGAUAUGCUGGCGCUGGAGACCCUGGAGCUGGAGACAGCCAUGGACGCAGAGAUGGCAUCCUAG